UCCUCGGACAUCUUGCUGGCGCCGCGGCCCGGCGGUCGGAGUGGUGGGCCAGGCUGUUGGGCUUCCAGACUUGAUCCGCGCAGCAAGGAGCGAGUGGAGACGGUGUCCCUGGAGCAAAGAGGCCGGCGGUGCCCGCUGCGGGAAGUCUCCGCCUCCGCCUGAGAUCCUUUAUGGUUGCUGAACUAUUGUAAGAGAGAACGCUGGGUGCCAGACUGAAAGGGCAUGACUCUAACCACUACAGGAGGGGCUUGGACGGGCCCUGGUUGUUGGUAUGCAGUGAAGGAUGAAGAGUCACCUGCUGAGGAGAGUGUUUCUGUAGCAGUGUUACCUUUUAGUACUGCCAAGGCAGGUUUGUCUUCCCACGUGCCUCACUCUUGUGACAUAUGUAGCCCAAUCUUGAAAGAUAUCUUGUACCUGAACGAACACCAGGGAACAUACCACAGACCUAAAACUUACACAUGUGAAACCUGUGGGAGACAAUUCUGGUUCAGGGCAAACAUUCACUCAAAUCUAGCACAUUACAUUGUAGAGAGGCCUUCACAAAGAGAUGAAGGCAAAGCCUCAUUGGUAAAGAACUGGAUAGUUUGUGAAGAACCUCACUCAUCAGAGAAGCCCUUUAUAUGUGAGGUGGAGCAGAACAGUUUGGCUGGUAAGCAGCCCAAAGUCACCCACAGGAAGAGGAAAACAACCAAGAGUGCUGAGAGUAGAGAGGCCUUUCACUGUGGGCAAAUGCAUUACAAGUGCAGUGAAUGUGGGAAAGCUUUUAGCCGCAAAGAUACACUUGCCCAGCACCAGAAAAUACAUAGUGGAGAGAAGCCUUAUGAGUGCAGCGAAUGUGGGAAAGCCUUCAGCCGCAAAGCUACACUUGUUCAACAUCAGAGGAUCCAUACUGGAGAAAAGCCUUAUGAGUGCAAUGAAUGUGGAAAAAACUUUAGUCGAAAAGACAACCUUACUCAGCACAAACGGAUCCACACUGGAGAAAUGCCGUAUAAGUGUGGUGAAUGUGGGAAAUACUUUAGCCAUCACUCCAAUUUAAUCGUACACCAGAGAGUUCACAAUGGAGCAAGGCCUUACAAGUGUAAUGAUUGUGGGAAAGUCUUCAGACACAAGUCCACACUUGCUCAACAUGAGAGUAUACACACUGGAGAAAAUCCUUAUGAUUGCAGUGAUUGUGGGAAAUCUUUUGGCCACAGAUACACUCUUAUUAAGCAUCAGAGAAUUCACACAGAGUCAAAACCUUUUAAAUGCACUGAUUGUGGAAAAUUAUUUAGUCGAAGCUCUGACUUUAUUGCACACCAGAGGGUUCACACUGGUGAAAGGCCUUUUGUGUGCAGCAAAUGUGGAAAAGACUUCAUCAGAACCUCCCACCUUGUUCGGCAUCAGAAGGUUCACACUGGAGAAAGGCCAUAUGAGUGCAGUGAAUGUGGGAAAGCCUACAGCUUAAGCUCCCACCUCAUUCGGCACCAGAAAACUCAUGCUUCAGGAAGACUUUAGGGGAGCUUUCAAUACAAUUUCAGCUAGAUGUUGAAUUUGAGAAUAUCUUAUGAAUACAAAGUAUGUGGGACACUUCAAAUACUAUUUUGCACAUUCUGACUUGCUCAAAAGUUUCAAGAAUUAGUCACUGUCAGUACCUAUGGCUGAAGCCCUCUCAAUUUCUCCAGCUUACUGAACCAUCCCCAGGGAAGGCAGGAAUUUGCACUUUAUCCAUAAUCUGUAGUGAAUUAUGAGACACAUAAGAUCUCCUGACUGCUGUCUUAGGUAAGGCAGUGACCUCUCAUUAGCCAAGAGGGCUCAAGCUAUAUUUUGGUGGCUUAUAGGACAUGUUUUGUUUGUGGACCUAUUGCUCCACAUAAGACUUUGUGAGAAGGUCUUGCUUUUUUUUGCCCAGGCAGGCCUUGAACUUGUUGGCUUUUUUGAUCUUUGGCUUUAAAUCUGUAAUAGAUGGGAUUUCAUGUAUGUGUCACUGUGCCUGGCUCUCACACGGAAUGUGUAAUGGACUUUGUCUGCCUCCAAGUCCCCGAGUCAGGAAAGUAUU